ACACAAACAAGCCACACCAACCAACACCAUGGGGUCGCUAGGCACCUAUUUCCUAGAUGUGGUCUACUCGUUCACAAACUGUAUGGUGUGCUUCCCCAGCUCGCCACAGCUCAAGAUCAACAGCCGGAGCUUCAAGAUCCUGCGAUUACUGGGCGAGGGCGGCUUCUCCUACGUGUACCUCGUGCAAGACAACGCCAACCAACAGCUGCUCGCCCUCAAGAAGAUCCGCUGCCCCUUCGGCCAGGAAAGCGUCAGUCUCGCGCUGAAGGAAGUAGAAGCCUACACGCUCUUCGCGCCGCACCCGAACAUCAUCCACUCGAUCGACUAUGCGGUUGAAAAAGACAAGUCAGACUCGUCUGCAAAUACAGUCUACAUCCUGCUCCCGUACUACCGCCGCGGCAACCUCCAGGACAUGAUCAACGCGAAUCUGGUCAACCACGCAAAGUUCCCUGAGCGCAGGCUUAUGGUGUUGUUCCUGGGUGUGUGCAAGGCGCUCAAGGCUAUGCACCAGUACAAGGUCAAGGGCGGGCCGGGGGGCGCGAAAAGCGAGGCCAAGGCGAAGGGUGUGAGGAAGGCGGGCGCGAAAGCAGACGCGCACGCAGCAGAGAGCAUGGAGAUGCGGCCCAACCGGCGGCAUCGCGAGAAUGACGACGACUCGGAGCAGGAAGCCGAGCCGCUGAUGGAAGGCGAGAUCACAAUGGAGGCAGAAGGCAUAGCACCAGGUGGCGCGAGAGCCUACGCGCAUCGCGACAUCAAGCCCGGCAACAUCAUGAUAGACGACGACGGCACAACGCCCAUCCUGAUGGAUCUGGGCUCCCUCGCCGCAAGCCCAACGCCCAUAACGUCCCGCUCCCUCGCACUGCAAGUCCAAGACCUCGCCGCCGAGCACUCGACAAUGCCGUACCGCGCCCCCGAACUCUUCGACGUAAAAACAGACUCGGUCAUCGACACAAAAGUAGACAUAUGGUCGCUGGGCUGCACGCUGUACGCCUGUCUGGUGGGCAAGUCGCCGUUCGAGGCCCGCAGCGACGAGACGGGCGGUAGUCUGAGUAUCUGCGUGCUGGGCGGCGAUUGGCGGUUCCCUGACGAGGGCCCGCAGAGGGGCAAGCAGAAACAACCCGCUGCUGAGGAGGCGAUUAGCGAUGGGGUCAAGGAGGUGGUGAGGCAGUGCUUGAGGCUCGAGCCGGGGGAUAGACCGGAUGUCGACCAGUUGAUUUCGCUGGUCGAGAGGGUGUUGCGCGAUUUACCAGAGGAUGGCGCGGAUGGUUAGAUGGUGAUGGUGCUGGUGCUGAUGAUUCGACGAAGCUUGUUGGGAACAGAGGUAUGGCCGGUUUCCUCGUGGAGUAUGUGCUGAUGAAGAGGAAAGUGCUAUACUUGUUCAUCUUUCACAACGACCAGGCAACAGUCUGGAUUUCUGCAAUUUAUACCCC